AUGUCUGAAGAAAAGCCUAGAGGAAUUUUGCGGAACAAAUCGGUUUCGGGCCCAGAGAGUACGAGUGCUAUAGAGAUAGAUCGUCAGGAAGUUAUCAAGAACACACGUUUAAACGCCGAAUUGACCCAUCAGGCGUCACUGGAAGGUGAUAAAAUCAGAGCCGAGCUUGCAAAAAAGCAUUUGCAAGACGGAAAUACCGAACAUUUGCAAUGGGAUGAAUUAAAUUUGUACAAGACCGAACAGGAAAAGAGCUCUACCAUGAAGAUCGAUGAGCCUAAGACUCCAUACGAAGGUGGGUUUAAUCCACAGGGAGAAUACUAUCAAAACGAUGACGAAUACGGUGAUGAUGAAAACAAUGAUAUACCAGAGUUUGAGCUCGGAGAAGGCGAGUUUGAUGCUGAAAGAGACAAACACGAAGUGUUGGAUUCGUUGCAUGGCGGUCAGGUGAUUAGGGACCCAUCGUAUGAUGAUGUAGAAGAGGAAGAAGAGGAAGAGCCGGAAUUGACGGCCGAGGAGAGACACAAGCGUUUCGAGGAGAUGAGAAAGGCCCAUUAUCAUAUGAAGGGCAAUGUAAUGCACCGUAAGUUGGAGGUAGAUGACGAGGAUGAUGAU